AAGAAAAAAAAAAAAAAGAAAGAAAACAUCGUGCUCGUAAUUCAAAGUUUCGCAUUUAUAGAAGCUCUCGGUUUCUGCUUCGUUCUCAGCAAAGCCCAUUGUUACCUAUCACUUCCUUUUCUGAGAGUCUCAGACUCUUACCCAAAAAUUUUUCUUCUAUUUCUGCAAAAUUGGAAAAUAUUUGCAUUUUGGUCCCUCAAAAAUCCAAUUCCUUCUAUAUCUUCCCCUCUCUAAUGCCGCCUGCGAUAAUGCACGCCAAGUCCGAUUCCGAGGUGACGAGCUUCGACCAGUCGACGCCGCCUCGAUCGCCGCGCCGUCCGAUUUACUACGUUCAGAGCCCUUCCAACCAUGACGCCGAGAAAAUGUCUUACGGCUCUAGUCCUUUGGGUUCGCCUCACCACUAUUACCAUUGCUCGCCGAUUCACCAUUCCCGAGAAUCUUCGACCUCGCGGUUCUCUGCCUCUCUCAAAAACCCUAGGGGUCUCUCCGCCUGGAGGAAGGUACAGCGGGAGGAAGAGUCCGAUGAUGACGACGAAUACGACUCCGGAACGGCUGGUCCUUGUCGCAAUGUGAGGUUGUACUUCUGCUUCGCUCUGUUGUUCGUCGUUCUUUUCACUGUGUUUUCAUUGAUUCUUUGGGGCGCUAGUAAAUCUCACAAGCCUGAAAUAGUUGUGGAGAACAUAGUGUUCAGGAGCUUUACGAUACAGGCGGGCAAUGAUCGAACGGGAGUGGCAACAGAUAUGGUCUCGUUGAAUUCAACGGUUAGGGUCUUCUUCAGAAACCGAGGUACAUUCUUCAGCCUCCAUGUCACCUCUACCCCAAUGGAGCUUCACUAUUACCAGCUCAAAGUUGCUUCUGGCCAGAUGAAGAAGUUCUAUGAGAAGAGGAAAAAACACCGGAGAGUCUUGACGACAGUAUUAGGGCAUCAAGUUCCUGUUUAUGGUGGGCUAUCGUUUAUUGGAGGUGCGAGAGAUAAUCAAGAGAAUUUGGUAGUGCCGUUGAACCUUACAUUUGUGAUGAGGUCGAGGGCCUACAUUUUGGGGAAGUUAGUGAAGUCCAAGUUUUAUAGAAGAAUCACAUGCUCUGUCACCCUUAGAAGAAGCAAACUCGGUAAGCCCUCUAAUUUGACGAAUUCCUGUACCUAUAGGUGAAUACUUCACUUAAUUAUGUGGAGUCCAGAUUUUGGAAUUCCAACGUUGACUUUGACUGUUAUUUAUGAAACAUGGUGAAAAAUUGACUCCUCUUUUUCUUGUAAAAAUUUCAGUUUAUUGAGUUUAUGGUAAUGAUUAUCUAGUUGCAUUCAAAA